AUGACCCUUUAUUGUACCCCAGAGAUAUCGUUCCGGCUGAUGUCUGUAGCUGUCCCUUUCCGGACUAAUAACACGUCCUCCCUUUUGGCGUUUAGUCAGCGUGUGCUCGUGUUUAGGCUGGACACGCCCACUUCUGAAGUGUUUGUCCGCUGUUCCUCUUUCUCUCAGUCCCCUACUCCCCCUUUCUCUCAGUCCCUUACUCCCUCUUUCUCUGAGUCUCCUACUCCCUCUUUCUCUGAGUCUCCUACUCCCUCUUUCUCUCAGUCCCCUACUUCCUCUUUCUCUCAGUCCCCUACUUCCUCUUUCUCUCAGUCUCCUACUCCCUCUUUCUCUGAGUCUCCUACUCCAUCUUUCUCUCAGUCUCCUACUCCCUCUUUCUCUGAGUCUCCUACUCCAUCUUUCUCUCAGUCCCCUACUCCCUCUUUCUCUGAGUCUCCUACUCCCUCUUUCUCUCAGUCCCCUACUCCCUCUUUCUCCGAGUCUCCUACUCCAUCUUUCUCUGAGUCUCCUACUCCCUCUUUCUCUCAGUCCCCUACUCCCUCUUUCUCCGAGUCUCCUACUCCAUCUUUCUCUCAGUCCCCUACUUCCUCUUUCUCCGAGUCUCCUACUCCCUCUUUCUCUCAGUCCCCUACUUCCUCUUUCUCUCAGUCCCCUACUUCCUCUUUCUCUCAGUCUCCUACUCCCUCUUUCUCUGAGUCUCCUACUCCAUCUUUCUCUCAGUCUCCUACUUCCUCUUUCUCUGAGUCUCCUACUCCCUCUUUCUCUCAGUCCCCUACUUCCUCUUUCUCUCAGUCCCCUACUCCCCCUUUCUCUCAGUCCCCUACUCCCUCUUUCUCUCAGUCCCCUACUCCCUCUUUUUCUCAGUCCCCUACUCCAUCUUUCUCUCAGUCCCCUACUCCCUCUUUCUCUGAGUCUCCUACUCCAUCUUUCUCUCAGUCCCCUACUUCCUCUUUCUCUGAGUCUCCUACUCCAUCUUUCUCUCAGUCCCCUACUUCCUCUUUCUCUCAGUCCCCUACUUCCUCUUUCUCUCAGUCUCCUACUCCCUCUUUCUCUGAGUCUCCUACUCCAUCUUUCUCUCAGUCUCCUACUCCCUCUUUCUCUGAGUCUCCUACUCCAUCUUUCUCUCAGUCCCCUACUUCCUCUUUCUCUGAGUCUCCUACUCCAUCUUUCUCUCAGUCCCCUACUUCCUCUUUCUCUCAGUCCCCUACUUCCUCUUUCUCUCAGUCUCCUACUCCCUCUUUCUCUCAGUCCCCUACUUCCUCUUUCUCUCAGUCCCCUACUCCCCCUUUCUCUCAGUCCCCUACUCCCUCUUUCUCUCAGUCCCCUACUCCCUCUUUCUCUGAGUCUCCUACUCCCUCUUUCUCUCAGUCCCCUACUCCCUCUUUCUCUCAGUCCCCUACUCCCUCUUUCUCUCAGUCCCUUACUCCAUCUUUCUCUCAGUCCCCUCCUCCCUCUUUCUCUGAGUCUUCUACUCCAUCUUUCUCUCAGUCCCCUACUCCCUCUUUCUCUGAGUCUCCUACUCCAUCUUUCUCUCAGUCCCCUACUCCCUCUUUCUCUGAGUCUCCUACUCCCUCUUUCUCUCAGUCCCCUACUCCCUCUUUCUCUCAGUCCCUUAUUCCUUCUUUCUCUCAGUCCCCUAUUCCUUCUUUCUCUCAGUCCCCUACUCCCUCUUUCUCUCAGUCCCUUAUUCCUUCUUUCUCUCAGUCCCUUACUCCCACUUUCUCUCAGUCCCCUACUCCCUCUUUCUCUCAAGCACACCUCCCAAGUCGACUUUCGGCUUGUGUGCCAGUGCGGCAGGCAGAAAGUUCAUCACCCCCACCCCCACCAUACCCUCACCAUACCCCUACCAUACCCCUACCAUACACCACCAAACCCUCACCAUACCCCAGACCCACCAGACCCCACCAGACCCCACCAGACCCCAACCAUGACCCGCACCAGACCCCAACCAGACCCCACCAGACCCCGACCAGACCCCACCAGACCCGCACCAGACCCGACCAAGACCCACCAGACCCCACCAGACCCGACCAGACCCGCACCAGACCCGCACCAGACCCCCACCAGACCACACCAGACCCUACCAAACCCACACCAGACCCCAGAACGCACCAACCCCCCACCAGACCCUCACCAUACAACCCCACCAGACCCCGACCAUGA